AUGGCAACAUUGUUGAAGGAACUUAUAAUACUCCAGUUGGAGGUUGGGAAGGACGUUUUUUAUGCUGACUUAGUGAUAGAAGUUCGUAUAAACAGGAUUGAAAUUCCCCAGCACUACGACACCAUAUCAGUUGCGCAGGCGCUAAACCAGGACUUUGCAAAGAAAACCAAGGAGCUUUUUGAUGCAGAAGUUGUUGCUGUCAGGGAAGCGAUUUCAACUGGAAUAUAUGUCUCUUACCGACCCAAUGGGACUGAGUAUGAACAGCAGGAUUGUCUACGCGUAAGUUCUACGGGUCGAUGCUUCUGCUCGCAUCUUCUGAAGGAGCAUAACAAGUUUUCCGCCACGUCACGAAAUACGGCGUGCACUCAGUCAGGAUGCUCCUGUAAACGAUUCCUCUUCGCACCCGGACGGCCGGAGGAUUUUGGUGAAUUUUGGCUGCCCAAACGUCGCGAUUUCAAUCGAGAGGCCUAUCGUAUGAAGUGCAAGUGUAAACACACCCACGAGGAGCAUGUUUGCCAACCUUCUCCAUUUCGUUGCAACGCUAAGCGCUGCAACUGCCUUGCCUUCAGCUCGGCUUCCGUCUGUGCGGCCUGUGAUCAGCGCUGGGAGCAGCAUGUCACAGUCUUUGAGACGGAGGAGGAACGCAAGGAUGCAGGGCGACAAAUAAGGGAGGACUGGUACCCAUUCUCCGAGCUUCCAGCCAUGCGCGACAUCGCCCUAACCGGUGAGGGUAACCCCAAAGCUGAAAAGCUGAUCGACGCUCUGCCAUCACAGGCGCAGUCACAAUUGCCUUCCUCAUCCAAUAAGCCGACGGACGAUAACAAUACCCCCUUCCGUCCAAGUGGCCAGUAA